AUGGGGAAAAAUCCACCGAAAUGGCUGCCGGGGGAGCGGGUGAAGGAAACAAUUCUGCUGCAGCGCAAGUCUGUGGAACAGCUGCGGGCGGACCGUGUCCUGCGGCGCGAUAAGCUGCAGGAGCGUCGUGACCGCCAUAAGGCAAAGUUGGACGCCAAGCGAAAACGCAAGCUUACCACGAAGAAGUUUAUCUCCGCACAGACUCUAUUGAAGCAUGCGCAGCGAAAGGAUCGACAGGGACGCAUUUUCCGCAAGAUUGGUGAGAAGGUGCGGGGCAAGCGCCAACGCAUGGCGCCUGAUGAGUACAAAAAGAGCCUGGAUGAGAGUCGUGUGGUGCUGGUUGUGCGAGCACGUGGAAAACAAAUUCCGCCUGAAGUUUCGGCUGCCCUUCGGCGCCUGGGACUCAUGAAAUUGUACGCCGCACGGCUGCUUUGCCUCGACCCCCGCACCGAUCCCCUCGUGAAACAACUCGGUCCAUUCUGUAUCAUGGGUCACCCCGAUCCGGCGCAGCUGGAGGAACUUCUGCGCAUGCGUGGAAGUUUGUGGAACGAAGAGACGCAGACAAGGCGUCUGAUCAGCGGUAACCUCAUGCUUGAACAGGCUCUAGGUCAAUAUAACAUUCUCUGUAUUGAGGACCUUUGCGACGCGCUUGUUAAAAAGACUGAGCACGUUCAGGCGAUACUGCAACACAUAGCACCAUUCGACUUCCACCCGCCGCGUCAACUCUUCAUGGAACGACACCGCUCUGUUCACCAGAAGUUGGAAAUUGUGAACAAGGAUUCCUUUGCCGCCUACCUGGCACAACAGCUGAAAGGUACCGCCAAGCGUGAGAGGAAGCUAGCAGCAUCUAACAAGCAAAACGCGGCCAAACAUUCAUCUCUGCCCACUUAA